AGUCAAUUCAAAAUUUCCUUUUGCAUUCCGAAUCAUCGAUCGCUUUUGCGUGCUCAAGUAGUGUAAGCAUCUUCAGAUUUGCCGUAUGGGAAAGGGAAAGAAGACGGCUAGGGUUCCGGUGGAGAAUUUUGAAGAAGACGCCAACUCCGACGACGUAGAAAUGAAUGAAAACGAAGAGAGGUUGAAAGGAUCUUCCUCGCGCGAGAAGAGCCUUUAUGAGAUUCUUGGGGUCGAAACAACAGCAUCACAGCAAGAAAUAAAGAAGGCAUAUUACAAGUUGGCUCUGCGACUUCACCCUGAUAAGAAUCCUGAUGAUGAGGAAGCGAAAGAGAAAUUUCAGCAGUUGCAAAAAGUGAUAUCAAUUCUUGGUGAUGAGGAGAAGCGAGCACUUUAUGAUCAGACAGGCUGUGUUGAUGAUGCUGACCUGGCAGGAGAUGUUGUUGAAAACUUGAAGGAGUUUUUCCGAGCUAUGCAUCCAAAGAUUACCGAGGCUGAUAUUGACAAGUUUGAAGCUAAUUAUAGAGGAUCUGAGUCGGAGAGGACAGACUUGAUUGAUCUAUACAAGAAGUAUAAGGGUAAAAUGAAGAGGCUCUUUUGCUCCAUGAUUUGCUCUGAUGUCAAAUUAGAUUCACACCGCUUCAAAGAUAUUCUGGAUGAGGCUAUAGCAGCAGGGGAGAUAAAGUCAACCAAAGCCUAUGAGAAAUGGGCAAAGGAAGUGUCUGAAACAAAACCACCUACAAGCCCAUUGAAACGUAGACAAAAAUCAAAAAAAGAACCAGACGAUUUGUUUGCUAUUAUUUCUCAGCGACAAAAUGAACGGAGGGGCAAAAUGAAUUCUAUGUUCUCAUCUUUGGUUUGCAAAUAUGGUGGGGAUCCAUCUGUGUCAGAGCCAAGCGAGGAAGAAUUUGAAGCUGCCCGAAGAAAACUGGAGAGCAGGAAGCAAUCUAAGCGAAAGUAAUGCAACUGCAAAAAGUUGUUUAUGCUGUUUUCUUGUGCUUGGCCAUGUUAUAUUAGGUUGUGCUUCUUUGCUGCAAGGAUUCGAAGGCUUAAUCAUUUCUUGGUGUAUAUUGUGUGUUGUAGUGAUAUUAAGUCUGCAUCCUUUGUUUAUUUUAA